GAAGGGCGGGCCCUGUUUCCGGCUUGAGAAAUCGUCGCCGCGUUUCUGAGGCGACGCCUCAGCCGGCAGUUAGCCACCGCGCAGGCAGCCGCUCGGAGCGGAGGGUCUCGGCCCCGGCGUCACCAUGGGGGCCGUGCUGGGCGUCUUCUCCUUGGCCAGCUGGGUUCCAUGCCUCUGUAGUGGUGCAUCAUGUCUGCUGUGCAGCUGCUGUCCCAUCAGUAAGAAUUCCACUGUAACUCGACUCAUCUAUGCCUCUCUUCUCUUCCUCGGCACUAUUGUGUCUUGCAUCAUGAUGACAGAAGGCGUACAAACUCAGCUGAAGAAGAUUCCUGGAUUCUGUGAAGGAGGAUUUCAAAUCAAGAUGCCUGAUAUAAAUGCAGAGAAAGAUUGUGAUGUGCUGGUUGGUUUUAAAGCUGUAUAUCGGAUCAACUUCGCUGUGGCCAUCUUUUUCUUUGCCUUCUUUUUGCUCAUGUUAAGAGUAAAAACAAGUAAAGAUCCCAGAGCAGCAAUACACAAUGGGUUUUGGUUCUUCAAAAUUGCUGCCAUUAUUGGUAUCAUGGUUGGAUCUUUCUACAUUCCUGGGGGUCAUUUUACUUCAGUUUGGUUUUUUGCUGGCAUGCUUGGGGCCACUUUCUUCAUCUUCAUCCAACUGGUGCUCUUGGUAGACAUGGCUCACUCUUGGAAUGAAUUGUGGGUAAAUCGAAUGGAAGAAGGAAACCCAAGGUUCUGGUAUGCUGCUCUGCUGUCUUUUACAAGCUUGUUUUAUAUCCUUUCGAUCAUCUUUGCUGUGUUGCUCUACAUCUUCUACACCAAACCAGAUGGCUGCACAGAAAACAAGGUCUUCAUCAGCCUUAACCUGAUUUUUUGUGUUGCAGUUUCUAUUGUAUCCAUUCUCCCCAAAAUUCAGGAACAUCAGACUCGUUCUGGCCUCCUGCAGUCCUCCAUCAUCACUCUGUACACUCUUUACCUCACGUGGUCAGCCAUGACCAAUGAACCUGACCGGUCCUGUAACCCCUCUCUUAUGAGCAUCAUCACACACUUGACUUCACCAACUGUGUCUCCAGCAAAUUCAACCACUCUUGCUCCUGCUUAUGCCCCACCAUCACAGAACGGACACUUUAUGAAUUUGGAUGAUAUUGGGGGGCUGUUUAUCUUUGUUGUCUGCCUUAUAUAUUCUAGCAUCCGUACUUCGAGCAAUAGCCAAGUUAACAAGCUGACUCUCUCUGGGAGUGACAGUGUUAUCCUUGGUGAUACCACCAAUGGAGCCAGUGAUGAAGAAGAUGGACAGCCUCGUCGGGCUGUGGACAACGAGAAGGAGGGGGUGCAGUAUAACUACUCCUUAUUCCACUUGAUGCUCUGCUGUGCUUCCUUGUACAUCAUGAUGACCAUAACCAGCUGGUACAGUCCUGAUGCCAAGUUCCAGAAAGUAUCCAGCAAGUGGCUAGCUGUGUGGGUCAAAAUGGGCUCGAGCUGGGUGUGCCUCCUCCUCUACCUCUGGACUCUCGUGGCUCCACUCGUCCUCACAGGUCGGGACUUCAGCUGAGCUUCAGAGUGCCAGGAACACUGCUAAAGCUGCAGAGUCUCCUUUGCUGAACGCAUAUCCCCUCUACGUUUCAUCAACUAAAACUAUUAAGUGAACGCUUUGCAAAUUUGCCUGUAUUCAUGUUUAUAUCAAAAGGCAAGACUGAAUAAUGCUUGAUGCAGAAUCUGAGCUUUCAUAUAUAUACAUAUAUUAUGUUUAUUUGUAAGGCUAUAGCACAAAGGGAACAUUUUUGUGUUUUAGCGUGAACUACAGCUGUGCUGUGAAGAGAGUUCUUUAUAAAGACCUGUAGAUUCCUACAAUUUUGGUUUAAAAUGUAAGUUAGAAAAUUGUUGGAUAUUUGAGGCUAUCUUUAAUAUAUUUCUAUUGCAGUCUCCUUAAAAAUCAAAACAGGAAUGUAUUAACCCACAAUUCCCUCAGUAAAGGUCUUUGCUGAGUGACACAGGCACACUGUUUCUUGCAAAGGGUCUUCAGAGGUGUAGAGUCCUGGUUUUUGGCAAGGAAUUACGUAUGUAGGUCCUUCCCCUGGAACGUGGCUGCUGAUAAGGCUGAGAGAAGGCUAUUGAGUUCCUUUACUUACUUUUUAUACUACACUGACGCUGCUUGAUAGAAGUCUGUGGCUUUGUCAGAUUUAUGUCAUCCCAGUAAAUGCUUUGUAGAUUUGAUUAAAAUGAAAAUUCACUUGGGAAACACUGCAGUGUUAUGUAAUGAUCUUGUUUUGAGUGUAAAAGUCAGAGGCAUGUUAGUUUAUUACAUUUGCACUAUAAAAGUACUUGAUUAAAAUAGAUAAUUUGG